ACUUAACCUUUUAUUUUGACGUUUGCCUAUAAACAAUAAAGAUGGCUGAGGAGGAUGAAAUUGACGUUUUAGGCGAUUUUAGUUUGAAUGAUUCGUGUUUGACGUUGGUAUCGGAAAACGCAGAAUUAUUGAAUUGCGACUACACAAUCCACCCACAAUGGUUGUUGGACAAACCAAGCGCAAAUCCCGAUAAUUGGUAUCAAACUGGUUCAGAAAUACAGGAGAAUAAUGAAAGCGAAUCCUUGGGGCACGUUUCAACGGAAAACUGCAUAACAGACGAGAGUGGGUGGACUGAAAAGGAGAAAAAUCUCCUCGAAAGAGGCAUAGAAAUAUUCGGUAAAAGCAACGUUCGUUUAUCACAGUUCAUAGGCUCUAAGACAGCUUCGGAAGUGAAGUAUUACCUAAAGAAUUUUUAUACUGAGAAUCAGGGGUCAUAUAGGACUUAUAGUGAGUGUUUGGUAGAGGAUAAUAAUUUAGUUUCGGAUGUUUUGGAUGAUACACAAAUACCGGCUAGUAUUGAAGAAGUUAUUGCAGCUGUAAGUACAGCAAAAUCUACGGUUCCAUUAUCAGGUAAAAAAGUAAGGAAAAAAAGCAAUUCUUUUACUAAUGACAGUUAUAAUAUGGAUAUAAAUGAAAUACCCAGUGGGCAUUCUGUAUUAAAGUCAAAUUACUCUAAAGAAAACAAACUCAAAAAGAGUGAUUUAUCCAAGAUGAAACAGAAAAACAAAGGGAAAAAAUCUGUUAAAUUCAAAUUCAAAACAAAAUUAAAAAUUCCAUUAUUUCCAAAGGAAAAAGUUAAAAAGGUUAGAGAACAAGUUAGGCAAAAAACUGUAAAAUUCAUGAACGAAUGCAGUAAAAAAACUGAAAUUACCAAAGUUGAAAUAACCACUGGAGUUGGGUUAUCUGUGCCAAUAUGUGAAGGAGAGGAAAUUAUUAAACUUAAAAAGGUAGAAAAUGAAUCCGAUGAAGAUGUUGACAUAGACAUAGAAGACAAUGACGAUAAUUACGAAUUAAAACCAAAACUAACCAAAAAAGUGGAGAUCAAAGAACCAAUGAAACCUGAAACAACCGAUCAAAACAUUAAAAAAGAAUCAAUAAUAGAAGAAUGUGAUAAAGAAUCUCCAAAUUCUCUGCACAACAACCAAUUUGUUGAUUUAUCUGUUUACAAUGAUAAAACGGUAAAACAAUUGAUGAGUCUUGAAGAGCCAACAGAGGAGUUUUUAUUGAAUGAUAAUGUUAUAAUAGAGCUGGAAAAGGCUGUUGUAUCAGAGUUUUUUGAAGGCAGAGGGUCAAAAACACCAGAACGAUACCUUAAAAUAAGGAACCAUAUAUUGAAUGCUUGGAGGACAAAUAAGCCGACUUAUGUAACAAAAACGUUAGUAAGAGCUGGUUUAAAAUCUUGUGGUGAUGUUAACAUUAUAGGGAGGAUUCAUUACUUCUUGGAGCAGAUUGGGGCUAUUAAUUUUGGAUGCAGCCAAAUGUGUUACUCAAGGCCCCUCUAUGAUUUAAUGCAAACAUCAGUCCCUCUAAGACAAAAAAUUACAAAGGAUUGUCCAAAACAGGUUUCUAGAAACACUGGGGAGCUGGGUAGUAGGCCCAGGAUGAAAAAGAAGUUUGCUAAUGAUGGAGAGGGUGGGUGUACUUUAACGCACGACGAAAAUGGCGAAAUUAUUAACACCACAAUCGUAAAUGAGGAGCCUGUGGUGAAGCAAAGGUUGUACAUCAAAAAACCUAUGGUUAGGUUGAUCUACUGUAGACCUUUUAAUGACGAAAAACCGCAAGAAUACACAGUCAACAUUCACUUAUCAGCCCUGCUUAAAAUGGACUUGCACGCCCACACAAACUUAUCCGAGGUCAUGGGGCUGGUAGCGGGCUACUGGAACCCCCACAACAAAACCCUCACCAUAACCCACUACGAGACGUGCAAAAACAUGGCGUCCUCGUCCACUCACUGCGACAUGUGCCCCAUAUCGCAGGCGAAAGCCUCGGAAAUAAUACACGCGAAAGGUUUGGACAUCCUCGGCUGGUUCCACUCGCACCCCACCUUCGCGCCUGAACCUUCGCAGCAGGACUUGGAAACGCAGCAGGCGGUCCAGCGGUGGAUAGGGGCCAGGAAGCCCUGCAUAGGGGUCAUCCUGUCCCCUUUCAGCCUCAACGGCGCCCUGAUUGCCUCGCCGUAUCGAUGCAUGAUCGUGGAUAAAAAGUUAAACUUCGAGGAUCAGUUUGUGCCUUACAAGUUUCACGUGGGGAUCAUGUCCGAGGAUUUUGUGGUCAAGGAUUUUCUGAAAGAAGUACAAAGGGUUAUGUUUGGGGUUAAGGAUGCCCCCAUCGAAAGUAGGGUUAGGAUGAACAAACCCUAUUUUCAGGAUGUUUCUAUAACGUUUUUGGAUAAGUAUAUAUACAGUGUUAGAAUGCAUCUUGCAAAGUGCGGCAAUUUCAGCAAACUGACCUGUGACAGUAUUAUACAAGGAAUAUCCGACAUAACAAACAAGUUUGAAAAUUAAAAAUAAUUAUUCUUUUAUAAUAAUUAAUUUAUUAAUUUAUUUGUACAUAAGAAAAUAAAGAGAGAAUUUUGAGUUAAGGUACGUAUUUUAUUUUUAAAUAAACUCGAUUAGAUUUGCUUUAAAGCUUGUUCCAAAUCACCAAUGAUGUCCUCAAUGUCCUCCAAACCAACGGAUAAUCUUAAUAAAGUUUCUGAGAUGAAAGUUUUUCUUUGGUCUUCAGGCGCAGACGCAGGUAUCAUCACAAAACUGAAAAAAUAAAAAAGUGAUACAAAUAUAUCCACGACUGUAUUAUAGAGGCAGUGUUGCCAGACUUACGGCAGCUUAACCAGGCUAUCGUAGCCUCCAAAACUUUCAGCCAAAGCGAAUAUUUUCAGGGAGUGGAGGAACUGUUUGGAGUGAUCAAGGUUGCCUUUUAGGUAUACAGUCAGCAUUCCACAAUGGCCGCUCGUCUGUGUUUUGCUCAACUCAUGUUGUGGGUGGGUUGGAAGACCUGGGUGCAAAACUUUUUCAAUUUUGGGGUGAGCUUCAAGAUAUUUGGCGACAGCUAAUGAGUUUUUACUGUGUUGUUGCAUCCUUAAACUCAGUGUUUUUAAACCUCUGAUGACUUGGUAGCAGUCAAACGGUGAGGGUAUUAUACCCAUAG